UUGGCUGCCAGCUCCGCGGCCCGGGCAAAAGGCUGGGACUUUACUCCGGGUGGCGGCGAGGACGAGUCUGUGCUCCAUCAGCUGCCGCACCCGCCGCCUCCCGCCCCCAAACCCCAUCCCCGCGGUUGAGCCACGAUGAGCGGCAGAGUCGGCGAUCUGAGCCCCAAGCAGAAGGAGGCAUUGGCCAAGUUUCGGGAGAAUGUCCAGGAUGUGCUGCCGGCCCUGCCGAAUCCAGAUGACUAUUUUCUCCUGCGUUGGCUCCGAGCCAGAAGCUUCGACCUGCAGAAGUCGGAGGCCAUGCUCCGGAAGCAUGUGGAGUUCCGAAAGCAAAAGGACAUUGACAACAUCAUUAGCUGGCAGCCUCCAGAGGUGAUCCAACAGUAUCUGUCAGGGGGUAUGUGUGGCUAUGACUUGGAUGGCUGCCCAGUCUGGUACGACAUAAUUGGACCUCUGGAUGCCAAGGGUCUGCUGUUCUCAGCCUCCAAACAGGACCUGCUCAGGACCAAGAUGCGGGAGUGUGAGCUGCUUCUGCAGGAGUGUGCCCACCAGACCACAAAGUUGGGGAGGAAGGUGGAGACCAUCACCAUAAUUUAUGACUGCGAGGGGCUUGGCCUCAAGCAUCUCUGGAAGCCUGCUGUGGAGGCCUAUGGAGAGUUUCUCUGCAUGUUUGAGGAAAAUUAUCCCGAAACACUGAAGCGUCUUUUUGUUGUUAAAGCCCCCAAACUGUUUCCUGUGGCCUAUAACCUCAUCAAACCCUUCCUGAGUGAGGACACUCGUAAGAAGAUCAUGGUCCUGGGAGCAAAUUGGAAGGAGGUUUUACUGAAACAUAUCAGCCCUGACCAGGUGCCUGUGGAGUAUGGGGGCACCAUGACUGACCCUGAUGGAAACCCCAAGUGCAAAUCCAAGAUCAACUAUGGGGGUGACAUCCCCAAGAAGUAUUAUGUGCGAGACCAGGUGAAACAGCAGUAUGAACACAGCGUGCAGAUUUCCCGUGGCUCUUCCCACCAAGUGGAGUAUGAGAUCCUCUUCCCUGGCUGUGUCCUCAGGUGGCAGUUUAUGUCAGAUGGAGCGGAUGUUGGUUUUGGGAUUUUCCUGAAGACCAAGAUGGGAGAGAGGCAGCGGGCAGGGGAGAUGACAGAGGUGCUGCCCAACCAGAGGUACAACUCCCACCUGGUCCCUGAAGAUGGGACCCUCACCUGCAGUGAUCCUGGCAUCUAUGUCCUGCGGUUUGACAACACCUACAGCUUCAUUCAUGCCAAGAAGGUCAAUUUCACUGUGGAGGUCCUGCUUCCAGACAAAGCCUCAGAAGAGAAGAUGAAACAGCUGGGGGCAGGCACCCCGAAAUAACACCUCCUACAGCAGGCCUGGCCCCCUCAGUGUCUCCCUGUCAAUUUCUACCCCUUGUAGCAGUCAUUUUCGCACAACCCUGAAGCCCAAAGAAACUGGGCUGGAGGACAGACCUCAGGAGCUUUCAUUUCAGUUAGGCAGAGGAAGAGUGACUGGAGUGGGUCUCCGUGUCUCUCAAAUACCUAAGGAGUCCCCAGGAGCUGGCUGGCCAUCGUGAUAGGAUCUGUCUGUCCUGUAAAGUGUGCCAACUUCACCUGUCCAGGGACAGCGAAGCUGGGGGCGGGGGGGGGGGGGGGGGCAGGUACCACAGGGUGGCAGCAGGGAAAAAAAUUAGAAAACGGUGAAGGAUUGGGACUUAACACUUCAGGGAAGUCAGCUGCCGGGGAGAAACUUGCUCCUAAAUGAACACGUUAAGUUUAGAUCGCAAUGAGGAGUAGCAGGGUAGCUGGUUGCUAGAGUUACGGUGGGGAUCAGAAACUCUUCCAAAUAUUUUAGCCCUGAGGCCGGGGUAGCUUUUGGCUUUUCCCAGGUCUCAGGAGGUGGCCUGAGUCAGCACACAUCUUCCCACUCGGUAGACAGGCUGGCCUCUCCCUCACUUUGAGACUUUGGCAACUCCUGGGCCACACGGCCUGCCUCUUUCAUUACUAAUGAUUGUCAGUGACUCAGAGCUUCCUGGGACUUCGGGUACCCACCCGCUGUUCUCCAUGCAAACAAAGCGCCAGGGAAAUGACCCACAGGGAUCGCAGCUGCAGGGAGGGCCAGGGAGGUUGAGGGUGGGAGUGAAAGCUAAAAGCAGAUCGUCCAGUGCCCUUUUCAGUGCUACCGGCCUCUCACCAAGCAGUCCUCCACGUGAGCAACCCCGAGACAAAAAUGCUAAGUGGGAUCAAGAGACCAGCACUCGGAGAGGGUGUUUGCCAGUCUGAGUGUCCCGCGGUGCCCGCCAACCCGCUUCCUGACUGACCUGAGCAAGGUCUUACUAAGCAGUCCCAUCUCUGUGGGAGGCAUGCAACGCGUGCAGGGAGUUCAGGUGCCGGUCGGCGUAGCCAGGCCUGGAGGCCCCCCAGGCAGGAGGCCGCCCAAAGGCGGGGCCGGCGUCUCGCAGACUAGGGGCUGGGGGCGGCCACAGACGGCCUCGAAACCACAGCCCUUACCCCAAUCCCACGAGCCCCGCCAACGAACCACAGGUGCUGGGCUGCAGAGAACAUGGGAAGGCGGCCCCAGACCUGGCGGGAACGCCUUUCCCUCAGAGCCAGGCCCCGGCCCCGUCUGGGAAGCUCAUCUUGCGAAGCUGAGGGAGCUCAGGGCAAAGGCCGGGCUAGCGCGGACCGGAAGGGGCCGAGGCUGCACGGGCCUCUGCCAGAACGCUCAGGACAUCCCGGCCUGGGUUUACAACGCUGUUAGGAAAAUUAACCAAUGAAUAAAGCAACGUUCAGUGCA